AUGACAGUAUACAUUUUGACUUUCUUGCAAAAACGGAUCCUGCAAGGCUACGUCCACGAGGCUUGCCUAUCGCUCGACAUCGAUCGUCCUAGAAUAUCGAAUAUUCGUGCUGGAUUCACGGGCCCUCCUACCGCCUUGAUUGCGGUGUGCACUAAGCGGUCAGCCCCAUCUAGGAAGGGCACAGCGCAUGCCAGCGCCUCUGUGGAUGCCAACCGUGUACGACGAGCGCUUAGCCAGUAUUUCAAAAUGGGGUUCCAUUCUUGGAUAAUGCAAUGCGAACAAAUCGUGGAAGCGUCACUCAUGCAGUGGAAGAGCGCUCGUGCGGAUCUUAGAAGACAGUCAUGGUCUACUACUCUCCACUCUCCCGACCUCAACCUCCUGAGCUCAGCACCUCGCUAUCUUAGCAAAGAGCCCUACUUUUUCGAACGCAAAUCCCUCCCAAACCUGCCCUCCGAGUCGAAGAAGGGUGCAUGGGACACUCACGAUCCUUACGCCGUUGAACAUAUCCCCACUUCCAAACCGCGGCAUUUCGAGCCACACCUCACUGGUGACGACGAUAGACUAGAUGAUUCCGCUUUCACCAGUCUACAACAACCACGCCCAACGACAGAACAGCUCGCUAGGGCUCUUGGUCCAGAUAACGAGCCACAUUCCACCGAGAUAGAGACCAUUCCCUGCGCAGGCGUUCGUAUUCCGUAUGGACCUCUGUCGGGUCUCAUGGGGUGGCGGUUAGUUGUCCGCCGUCACCGCGAACCCGAGGAAAAGCACUCGUGGUGGUCUGGAAAUACCACCGCAGCAAGACGACGGCGAAACAGUUCCGCAUUUCCCCCUCCUCCCGCCCUCACCGAGCCAUCAUUGUCUUACCCAUACUACCAACAGAUGUCCCAGAACCCGCUCGCGACUGCCUCUGCCGUCACUCUACCCUCGACGUAUACGAUGCCAGGGGGUGAUAGUGCGUCAGCGCUCCAGAGGCGGCCAAACUCCGACAUGGUGUGCAUGCGUCAGCCCGAGUCCCAUCCCCGCGCUGCAACUUUACCCCGGAACGCGGGAUCUAAUCCCGUCCACAACUCUCCAUUGAAUAACACGCCCACGGCGGUCGCGGUCAACUUCAUACUCGACACUGGCCUACCAUAUUCCAUUAUCUCUCGCGACACACUCCUUGCGCUGGGUUAUACACCAUCUCAAAUACCGGAGCUUAACCCACGUUCGCAGCUAUCGUCAUCCCGAAAAUGUGACAAGAAUGAGGAACCUGCGACGGUAACCCUUUCCGUACAGGGUGUUAGGACUCAGUUACAAAUCGCCCGGGCGGGCGAGGCGAGCAGGCUCGGUGUACAAUUCCUACGAGAUGCUGGCGCUAGCGUAUUCUUUCCGAGCAACGGAGACGGUGUGGGACCGGUGCUGUAUGCUGAAUCGGCGUGCAUGUUCAAGGAUGUCCCAAAAACAAUUCACUCUGUUCCUUGGGGACAUGGUAAGAUGACCUUGCCCCAGAAAGUAAGAGCCCUAUUUGGUCUAUCAUAG